GAACCGAAACUUGCCGUGAGUCUGCGAACAGACGGAUGAAUUCCGCAGUGAUCGACUGCAAGAGCGUAUUUGGUUUAGAAUACCUGAGACAUCAUGUGCGUGUUCAUGGUUUCAAGUUAUGUCAGCCCGUUAUACUGUUGAAAUUCAGGUUGGCGAGAUAACAUUCUUCGAACGGCUCCCUUCGACAAUGAAAACUCAGCCAGUUAGCGAGGAUGCUGUAGUCAUGGCACGAAGAAAUGCUUUAUCGGUGCAAUCACUCGUCAAGUUGACGGGGGUAUGGAAUAUAUUCCCAGAGUCACCCAAUAAGUGGACGCAGGAUGAUGUGCAGUCCAUAUCAAAAACUCUUGGCAUCCAGCUACUCAAACACAUCUGUACCUCCCUCCUCGGUACUUCUGGAGACAAUCAUUCCAGACGAAGUGGUCAAGUAAGCCACGUUGAUAACGAUACGGUCAAUGUCCAUUCCUCUGUACGAGAGAUAGAGGCACUCCAAGCGAAACUUCAUUCAACACAUGACGAAGAUGAACAGCGAGCACUGGAGGAGGAUAUCACAGGAAAGAUCCUAUGGUUCUAUUUCCGUGGAAUCUGUUCAGAAGUGGAGCAAAGAUUUGUGAAAGUAAGCCAAUGCUCGUGUCCACACGUGUUAUCUUCUCAAGUGACAUCGGAUGUCCCCACUCGUAAGGAUGUGCGCGAGAUUGCAGGGAUUAUCGAGAGAACCCCUCGUAUAGAACCAAGUGACGAUAUGGCCCACUUCCAGCGGUAACGUUAUCCUUUGCUUACCGUUUCUAUGUGAAUUGCUGAAUAUAUGUUGUUUCAGGGUCAUGCUCGAUGCGCGUGCAGGCAUAUCGAGACAUGAAUUAUGGCUUGCCUCCCGGGCUGCAAGUCAAAUCAAGGCCGGAUUGUCAGGAGCUUCAAGAAGCGACCCCACUCUUGGCACCCAAGCGGCUGCUUCGAGCACAAGCUCCGAUACGCCCUG